AUGUAUGGUGGCAUGAGAGGCAUGAAGGGAUUGGUAUACGAAACAUCAGUUCUUGAUCCUGACGAGGGCAUCCGUUUCCGAGGAUUUAGUAUCCCUGAAUGCCAGAAAGUGCUGCCCAAGGCUAAGGGAGGGGAAGAACCCCUGCCUGAGGGCUUAUUUUGGCUGCUGGUAACUGGACAGAUCCCAAAAGAGGAACAGGUAUCUUGGCUCUCAAAAGAGUGGGCAAAGAGAGCAGCUCUGCCUUCCCAUGUGGUCACCAUGCUGGACAACUUUCCUACCAAUCUGCAUCCCAUGUCUCAGCUCAGUGCAGCCAUUACAGCCCUCAACAGUGAAAGUAACUUUGCCCGAGCAUAUUCAGAGGGUAUCAACCGAACCAAAUACUGGGAGUUGAUUUAUGAAGACUGUAUGGAUCUGAUCGCAAAGCUACCUUGUGUUGCAGCAAAGAUCUACCGGAAUCUCUACCGGGAGGGCACCAGUAUUGGGGCCAUUGACUCUAAGCUGGACUGGUCCCACAAUUUCACCAACAUGUUAGGCUAUACUGAUGCACAGUUCACUGAGCUCAUGCGCCUGUACCUCACUAUCCACAGUGACCAUGAGGGCGGCAAUGUAAGUGCCCAUACCAGCCACUUGGUGGGCAGUGCCCUUUCAGACCCUUACCUGUGCUUUGCAGCAGCCAUGAACGGGCUGGCGGGGCCUCUACAUGGACUGGCAAAUCAGGAAGUGCUUGUUUGGCUAACACAGCUACAGAAGGAAGUUGGCAACGAGGUAUCAGAUGAGAAGUUACGAGACUACAUCUGGAACACACUCAACUCAGGACGGGUUGUUCCAGGCUAUGGUCAUGCAGUACUAAGGAAGACUGAUCCACGAUAUACCUGUCAGCGAGAGUUUGCUCUGAAACAUCUGCCUAAUGACCCCAUGUUUAAGCUGGUUGCUCAACUAUACAAGAUUGUGCCCAAUAUCCUCUUGGAACAGGGCAAGGCCAAGAAUCCUUGGCCCAAUGUAGAUGCUCACAGUGGGGUGCUGCUCCAGUACUAUGGCAUGACGGAGAUGAAUUACUACACGGUCCUGUUCGGGGUGUCCCGGGCACUGGGUGUACUGGCACAGCUCAUCUGGAGCCGAGCCCUAGGCUUCCCUCUAGAGAGGCCCAAGUCCAUGAGCACGGAUGGUCUGAUGAAGUUUGUGGACUCAAAGUCAGGGUAAAACUGGAGACUGGAAGGAAACUAACAAUCAGAAAGUGAGGAAGCUUAAAAAUAUAUAUAUACACCUUUGUUUCAGGGGGCCUUUAAAGACUUAAGAUUAAAUUGUAUCUGAGGCACUGAUAAUAUGUUUGAGGUUAAAAUAUAAAUUAUGACUUUAAAAAGAUGAAAAGUGACCCCUUCUUCCCUAACCAGCUCCCUUCCCCUGCCUGGUAUGAGUUGCCCAUCAACUGUAGGAUGACCAGGACUAAUGCAUGUAGUAUGGGUUAGAUUUGGUUCCCUGCCAUCUCGAGAGUGAGAAUCUGGCUCUUCUUUCUCUGGGUCAAAGCUGGUUGCAGAGAAUCUUCAGUUGCUUCAGAGCUUUUGCUUCUAUUCUGCCAAGCCCUCAAUUAGCCAGCAAACCAGGAUUCUGCCCCUUCUGUUUACAUAGGAAUCAUGUUGGAUUGCCAGCUGUACCAAGCUCUUUGGCCCUAUCCCAUGCACACAGAUGUCUCCUAGAAGAACCUGUUGGUUAGCUGGACAUGCUUUGGCAAUUUUUUUAUGCUACCAGGUGACCAUAAAAGCAUGGCAUUUGUUGUUACUGACACCCAGUGUGUGAUUUUCACUUUUUAAAAUUAUCUUGUUAAAAUUAAGGUCUGGGAGUGUUCUGUUUCCCAUUACUUUAAAAUUCACGUCCUUCCAGACUUUCUAUACCUGCUGCACCUCAAGAUGAGGAUGUUCUGGACCUUUCCUUCUUGGUCCCUAAUAGAGACCUCUUUGAACAGAUCUGUCUGAUCUGUGGUCUUUCCCAGUCAUUGGGUUUUAUCAGUGCUUAAUGUGAACUAAGCUUUUUACUUCCACAGAAUAUAAGCCACUACCUCCUCUGACCACCCUCCAGCCCUGCUUUAAUAUGCUGUGGGACAAGGACUUAGGAAUGACCAGCAUGAUAUCUUCAGAGUCUGGUCCCAGAGUUACUAGCACCUCUUUUUGAAUAGGGAAAUCAUUCAAGAUUGGAUGUGGACUCCUUUGAAUAUCAGUUCUGGGGAAUGAGGACAUUAAAAAUAGUAAGCUUCCUUCCUCAUCCCCUGCCUCAAAAAAAUGCCCCCUUAUUUAUCAACAUCCUUUUCCUGCCCCUUCCCCAAGAGCUCGCAGUACAGUGUUUUAGAGGCCCCAUUUGCACAGGUUUUCAGCGACUCAGAAUACUCUACUGCCUUUUCUUUGAGAAAGGGUUGAUACACUCCUGCUGUGCCCCUUUCUUCCCUCAAAACUCCUGCCUGUGUUUGUGUGGAUCCCUAAUCCCCAGAACCACACUGUUGAGAUGGACACACUGUAAACCCUUGGGUAACUGUCAGGUCAUUAUGCAGACUUCAGGUUAUUCUGUAUAAAAUGCAAAAUAAAUGUUUUUAUUAACAAUG